AUGGAUGAUCAACAGUCUAUAUGGAUGUAUAAUCCAUCCCUCCCACUUGCUAUAAUCGCAACUAUCAUCUACGGCAUCAUCUUCCUUGUCCUCGCUUAUCAGACUCUCAUCAAAUAUCGAGCUUGGUUUUUUAUCGUUGUCGUCGUAGGGUCAGCCAUGGAGGUCGCCGCCUACAACCUCAGGAUAUAUUCUAUCCAGAAUCAAUCCGAGAUAACUCCCUUCGUCAUGACCUUGACUUACACAGUCCUCGCCCCUGUUCUCAUCGCAGCAGGAAACUACCUUCUCAUCAGUCGACUAAUCCUCGCCGUUCUUCCUCCAUCUCACCACCGAAUUCUUAAAAUUCCGGGUCGACAUCUGACGCCGAUUUUUGUCGUAUGCGAUAUCAUUGCGUUCCUUAUCCAGGGAAGUGGCUCUGGGGUAGCAAGCUCUAACAAUUGGCAAGGAGAGAUGGAAAGGAUCGGAGUCAAGAUCAUCAUCGCCGGCUUAGCGUUUCAGCUCAUAGCCUUUUCGUUCUUUAUCUGCGUUUUCCGACAUUUCCACGUUCUCGCGAAUCGCAUGGCUGUUAAUAGUGCACCCAAGGGAUGGAAGAAGGUGGUACUUUCAGUGUACAUCUCUAGUAUCUUGAUCAUGAUUCGCUGUGUAUUCCGCGUUGUCGAAUUUGCCGGCGGAAGAGACUCUUAUGCCUUUAACCAUGAGUGGCUGUUUUGGGUUUUUGAAAGUUUGCCAAUGGUCGGCGCCAUUGGAAUUUUCUGUAUCUAUCACCCCUGUCUGUAUUUAGGGAAGAAUGGUGCUCGAUGUAAGGACGUUCAGUCUGAAGAUAGGGUUGAGUCGGCGGAGAGUCAAAACUAG